GUUUGAAAGAGGAGAUUUACGUUGUAGAAAGCGGCACCUCGCAUCAAGGUUUUUUUAGUGUUUUGAACUAUACCUUAAUAAAGUGCUAGUUAUAAUAAUCUGUCGCAAUUUUGUGAAAGAAAACGCAUUGUAGUGACCUGAAACAUGUUUCGGUCGAAAAAAGACGUUGAUCGUCACGUUCAAGAUAUUUUUCGUAAACUGAAAAACGACAAUGAGAAACCAUACCGUUGUUAUAGUAUAGCUAAAUUAUAUUAUCAAGUAGGAGAUUAUGAAUCUGCCAAGAGAUAUGUGUCUUCUUACUUGGAAGUACGAGAAGAAUCAGCAGGCGCACAUAAGUUAUUAGGUCAAACUCUUGAAGCGUUAGGAGAAAAAGAAGCAGCAUUUAAUCAAUAUAAAUUAUCUCUUGAAUUAGAUGCAAGUCAAAAUGAUUUGGUUUUAAAAGUUUGUGAAUUAUUGGUUGAUAUGGAUACUGGUACAGACGUUAAUCGUAUUAGAUAUUGGGUAAAGAGAGCUGAUAAACAAUUUCCACAUCAUCCUAUAAUUUUCAAACUAAAAGAAAAGAUGUUAAUGGCAGAAAGACCAAACGAUAGUAGUGAAGAUCUCGAAGCUUUAAUUGCAUCUGAGUUAUCCAUCAGGCCAACAGAUGUCGACUUGCGUGUUAAAUUAAUUAAGUAUUAUAUGGCAAAGCAAAGAUUCAAUGAUGCUUAUAAUCAUGCUGCUAAUGUGGAAACAACAUAUUGCCACAGAAAUAGCAUUAUGUGGUAUCAAUCACUCAGCGAGUUAUUAGGAAAAUGCAAAAAAAGCAAACAGGAUGAUUGGUCAUUUUGGGUAUUUUAUAUAUCCACGUUAGAAAGAUAUGCAGCACUUUCUUUGAAGGAGCAUGGCAAUGAAACAACUAAAACAAUACCGGAAGCAACACAAGCAGUAUUUAAUUUUGAUCAAGUUUUGACUGAAUUUAAAUCACAAAAUUUGUCUGGUUAUCCAAUGUACACAGAAGAAAUGCUAACACAUAUGUGGGGUCAAUUGCAUUUUCAUUUAGCAUGUCUAUUAUUACGAAAAACUAAAAGAGAACAAGGCAGUUGGGAUGAAGCAAGUCGACUUUGUGCAGUUCUUUUUUUGUUUGCAUUACAUGUACAUCCAAUAGAUUCUACAGCUUCAUGGGCUAUUCAUGGGAAAGAUCAAUUUAAAAACUUAGUUUCAGUUUGGUAUAGAGAAGGGUCAUAUAGAUGUAGUCAGGCUGGUAAUGUUCUUCAAGAUUGUGCAAGAAAUAAUGUCAAGAAACUGAUGAAUAAGAUUGAUACAUUUUUCUUCACAGAAGCAUGGAGAGAAAGAAUUUAUCAGAGAAGUUUUGUAUCCAAACUGUAUCAACAACAUAUAAAAACUUCAUAUUUUUGCAAUCAUACAGUUUUUAAUCCACCUCUUCGUUUGUGUUUACCAAAUGAAUUAAAACGCUAUGAUGAAGUUUCGGAAGAAGUAUGGCCAGAUUCGUUACAUCAUCAUGUUUGGCUUGGUAUUAGGAGUCGACUUCAAAAUACUCAAAAGAAGGAUCAGACAUAUCCACAACAGUAUUCUCAUGUAUUUCCAGAAUUGCAAUUUUCUGUUAAUAAUCUAAAUCAAGCUGGUCCUGACACAUUAUGUAGAUUAGACAUUGAUGCAUUUUUAAAUGCUGCAGUUUUAUGUGCUGCUGUAAUGGUUGAAGAUCAGCAACAAAGAGGUUUCUUAACUCGAGAAAGACUUCCUACUCUACCAGCAGAUCUAACUAGUUCCCUUUGUACAUCUGCACAAGAGAAAUGGUGGUCAUAUGCAUAUAAAAUGUACUCUAGAAAAGAGACAUUAGAAGGAGAUUUAGGAGAAAUUAGACAAGAAUUACGAAGAGGUUUAGAAGUUGUUCGUUGUAUCGGCAAUCAUGGUUUGCAUCCAGUAGUUCUGGUACAUUUAGCACGAUUAUUUUAUCAUAGGGUAAAAAUAUUAAAAGAAAAAGAUCCAGAGCAUCUUGACAUUAUGGCCUUAGAAGUUCGAUAUGAACUUUAUUGGUCAACUGUUAUACCUCUUCUUGAAAGAUUGCAAAAUAAUCAAACUAUACGUGUAACAAAUUCUAAAUUAUUUAAUUAUGAAGGAAAGAACAUGAGUAAUGCAGAAUUAACUAACGCUUUGGAAGAAGGUAGAUUACUUUUGGCUCAACGCUUUGUACGGAAUAAACAAUAUGAGCAAGCAAUUGAUGCAUUGCAAGUAUUGAAAUGCCCAGAAGCUACGUUUCAGCAAGGACAAAUUUAUAAAAUGCUUGCUGAUGAAAUAGUCGGUUCUAUGCCUAGAGAAAGCUUAACAUCAGAAAUAAGAUCACAGCAUAUCAUUAUGCUUUCGAAAGCUAGAAAUUGUUAUUAUCUUACUUUAGAUCGAUUACGUAGUCCAGGAAUGAAUCUGAAACAUCCAUUAGAUUCGGAACUGUGUAUACAUAUUUCAGCUAUAGAAAAUGAAUUAAAAAGGAUUGAUCCAGAUUUAUCACAAGGAGACUUAAGUAGAAAUGAGUGCGAUGUGUUAUCAGAUGAAAGUUAUUCACCUGCACAUAGUGGCGUUGAUCAUCCUAUAACGAAUGUACCUAUAUCUGCAUUAACUGGAUUAGGCACUCCUGUGAAUAUAUUAAGUACACCACAAAAAAAUACUCAUCGUACUCCAAAACAAUCUAGUACACCUUGUAGACCACAACAUCAAGAUAUUAUGGAUUUAUCAAGGAAUCGCACGGAAGCACGCCCGAGUCCUGAACGGCUUGAUGCUCAGAUACGUCAAAUGAUGCAUGCUAGAGAUACUGUUAUGCAAACAAUCAUAGAACAAAAUAAAAUGAUAAUGGAAAAGAUAGAUGAAUUAACAAAAGAAAUGGCAGAAUUAAGAAAAGAUUCUCAAAAACAACGUGUUCAACCAGUUAAUUUUAAUCCUAAUAUAGAAGACGAUUUAUAUGUUCUUGGAGAAGAAGAUUAUGGUGAUAUAAAUUAUACAACCAAUCAGUCAGCUCCAACAUCUUCCAUUUCUGGAAAUAUGUUUCCACCAUCUCAUAGACAUCCUUAUUCACCAUUAGUGUAUCCACCAGCAACAGCUUUCCAGGGUUACUAUCAAGGAACUCUACCAUUUACUGAUCCAAAUGCACAAGCAAUUCCACCUUUAUAUCCUCCGAAUGUUUAUCCAAUGCCUAUGCUGUAUCCUAAUCGACCUAAGGUACCGGACAUGUUACAACAAGGUCUGUUUGCUGCAUCAAGAUUGGCAACUCAACUGAGUGAUCUUAUACCACCUCCAACAAAUAUAUCAUUGCAAAUGCCAAUGCAGAAAAUUGAAGUGACGAAGCCUCAAACUAUAAUAAAAGAUAAUUCUACUAAGAAAUCUCCACCUGUAAAUGUUGUAAUAACUACUUCAGAUACACUACCAACUACAGUACCAUUAGUGCAACCUACUCUGAGCGUUACUAUCCCUGCUCAAUAUAGAAUGGGAAAUAUUUCUACUGUUGCAAAUACUACAGAAUCACAGAAUGUUCCACAUUGUUAUCAAAUCUCUAUGCCAUCUCAAGCUACUAUUCCAACAACUGUCAAUUUACCUCCUUUGCCUGCAACACUUACAUCAACACCAGCGAAUAUUUCCUUAUCGGAAACAUCAAAAAGCAAUAAUAUCGAAGCACACACAGCUAGUUCACCAAAUAGUUCUGCUGAACUACAUGAACCAGAACACGAUCCAAUACCAGAUUUUGUUCCUGUCAUACCAUUGCCUGCUGAAGUUAAAGUUACAACAGGCGAAGAAGAUGAAGUUACAUUAUAUUGUGCACGCGCAAAACUUUUCCGUUUUGUGGAUAAAGAAUGGAAAGAACGUGGCGUUGGAAAUGUUAAAUUAUUAAAAAAUGCAGAAGGGAAAGUUCGUUUGUUGAUGCGUAGAGAACAAGUCUUAAAAAUAUGUGCAAAUCAUAUGUUAAGACCUGACAUGGAGUUAACUAGUAUGCCAAAUAAUGAUAAAGCUUGGAUUUGGGUUGCGAAUGAUUUUGCAGAUGAAAAAGUGAAAAUUGAGAAACUUUGUAUCAGAUUCAAAACUGCAGAAGAAGCUCUCUCAUUCAAACAACAUUUUGAUAGUGCUAGAGCUAGCUUAACAUCUAUUAAUGAAAAAGUAUUUAAUGAAACCGAUAACAAAACAGCAACCAAUGUUAAAGUUUCAGAAGGAGAGAACAAUCAUUCAUCAUCUCUCGUUACUUCAACAAAUAUAAAUAAUGUACCGUUGGAUAAAGAAAAAACUGCUGCAACUACAGCUGUUGUUGGUGGAUUUUCUUUCACUUCAAAGCCCGUCAUUCAAACGGUUUCUACUGGAAUAGAAAGUACAUCCCAGAAACAAAAUGAAACACAAAAAGUAAGUCCAUUCGUAGGUUUUUCAUUCAAUAAACCUGAAUUCACCAAAACACCUGAGAUCAUAAUUACCUCGACAACAACCAAAAAUGUAUCUACGCCUGUAACAACGCAAGUAACUGGUUUUUCUUUCUUAAAAUCAAAUACGAUCUCUCCCUCAUAUUCUGAACCAACGACAACUGCUGUUUCUAUUGGUAUGCGUGACGUAACUACAGUUACUACGUCUCAAACGGCAGCAAUUGUUUCUACGACUUCAGCGUCUCGUGUCUCAUUAAGAAGACCGCAUGCACCUGCACCUGCAACAUUAAUUGUUGCAACUACAACAAGCGGUAUCACUCAAAAAUCUGAACUACCUGGCCAAGAGGAAUGCGAAACAAAAGUUUUAUUUGAACAAAAAGCAACCCUUCAACGACAAUGCAAAGAUAAUAAAAAUUGGGAGAAUAAAGGUACUGGACAGAUGAAAAUUAUAUUGAAUAUAAAAACAGGAAAUUUGAAUUUAUUAAUGCAUAGAGAAGAGGAUUCAAAAGUCUGUUAUAAUCAAGAUGUAUUAGCAGAAAUGAAAUUUAAUAUUAAGUCUAUAAAUAAAAAUGUUAUUAAUUGGGUCGUUUAUGAUACUAAGGGAGAGAAUAAGUUAGAAUCAUAUUCCAUAACAUUUAAAAGCCCAGAGCAAGCAUCAAAAUUCUAUGAUAUACUUAUAAAUGAUCAACAGAAAAAGAAAAAAGAUAAUAUUUCUAGUGAUGUGAAAAAAUAUGAAAAUAAAAAAAUAUCCGAAACAUCAAACGUAAUUGCAGAAAAUAAACAAGUACCAUUAUCAGAAUUAUUUAAGCCAUCUCCAGGAUCUUGGGAAUGUAAUGCAUGUUAUACUAGAAACGAUGGUAAACAAUCAAAAUGUCUAGCAUGCGGAGAAUCGUCUACUCUUGCAACUUCUAAUGUAUCUACUGGAGCAGUCGAAUCCACACCAUCUUCUCAACAAGUGCCACUUUCUCAGCUGUUCAAAAAACCUUCUGGUUCAUGGGAAUGUAAGGAAUGUUAUAUUUCCAAUUUGGAAACAUAUAAUUAUUGUGUUGCUUGUGAUAGCCCUAAAGAUCCAUCUAUGCCACCUAAACAAAAGACAAGUGGUUUCAGUGUAGGUUUAAUAUCUACUGAAUCAAAACCUACAUUUACUUUUGGUAUUCCUCAAGAAUCUAUUAAAGAUACAACAAGUGGAUUUACAUUCCGAAUGAAUAAAUCAGUAGAUGGAACUACAGAUGAGUCUGCAAGUAAAGUGCAACUUAGCACACCAAUAAAAUCUAGUGCAGAUACAAAAAGUAUAUUUGGAGGAACUCAACAACCAAGUACUCCAACGUCUCAAGACACGCAAUUUACAUUUGGUUUUCCUGGGAAGUCUUUUGGCUUUAAUUUUACAGCAAAAUCUCCAGCAAAAUCACCUGGUGGUGCAGAAACCAGUGACGAAGAAGUCGUUGAAAGUGAUGAUAUUCAUUUUUCACCGAUAAUUCCAAUGCCAGACGAGAUAGAAGUUAAAACUGGAGAAGAAGACGAAGAAAUACUUUAUAGUCAUAGAGCUAAAUUAUUUAGAUAUGAUUCUGUAGCUAAAGAAUGGAAGGAACGUGGAUUAGGUGAUAUUAAAUUAUUAAGACAUUAUCAAACUAAAAAAUUAAGACUGAUAAUGAGACGAGAUCAAGUACUGAAAUUAUGUUUAAAUCAUUGUGUCUUACCAGAAGUAGAAUUCAAACCAAAAGAUGAAAAAACUUGGCUGUGGAAUGCUGCAGAUUACAGUGAAGGAGAAAUUGAGUACAUGCAAUUUGCGUGUCGUUUUAAAACUUCAGAAAUUGCCGCAGAUUUUAAAACAGCUAUUGAUAAUGCCAGAAAAUCAGAAAAAUUAUCAUCAAACAAUGAAAUUGUUCAAGAUGAACAAAUACAACAACAAAAUGCAAAGUCCUCUCAAGAUAUUCAGGUUGUAUACGAAUUAAAAGUUACGCCUGAAGAGAAAGCUGCUGCUUUAAAAUUACAAUUGCCAGAGAAUUUUUAUGCUUACAAGCAAAAAGAGGAUUGCCCAGGAUGUAUAGGAUGCAUAGAACCAAGUACACCACCGAUUGAAGAUUUCCAAGUUCAAGGAGAAUUAAAGACUAAUGGAACUUUAAGUUCAACAAUCUCAACUUCGAAGACACAUACUGCUCCUGUGAAUAUAAAUUCACACAUUAAUGAAAUUAAAACUUCAGAUAAUGGAAAUGAAAAUGCUCAAACAAAUGCAUCUACUAAAAUUUCAUUUGUAACAAAAUCAGAUAAUUCUGACGCAAAAAGUGCAGUCACAGUUAAACCAAAUACACCUACUACUUAUAAUAUAUUCGAUAUUUCUUCAUUAUCUUUUGGAGACAAAUCUAUUGCUUUCAAUGACAAGAAAUCUACUGGAUUUAUAUUUGGAGCAUCACCUUCUCAACCUACGUUAAAUGAUAAGUUGAUAACAAGUGGAUCAAUUGGUCAAUCUAAUAAAUCUACGGAGGAUUCAAAUAAUACAUUAUCAAAAUGGUUUGGUAAUAGUAACGUAAAAAUUUGUGAACCAGUUGGUACGAAUCAACAAUCUAGCAGUUUUUCUGCUGGUAGGAAUAUAUUUAGCAAGCCAAAAUUUAUUCCUAGUAACACAUCUUCUACAUCUUUAUUUGAAACUGCAGUUAAAAUAGAUUCAAAUCCAUUAGAAAAUGUUGGAAAUCAGAUUUGUGGAGGUACAUCAAAAUCAGUAGAUGCAGGAUCGGAGAAAUCAUUUUUAAAUACAACAGGAAACAGUUCGUCAUUGAUUUUUAAAAAUAUAUUUAGUAAUUUACCUCCAGCUACUACCUCUGUUUCAACAAUAAUAUUUGGUGUGACACCCAGUACAAUAUCAACUGCACCUACUUUCGAAACGAAAUCCGCAAGCUCAAUAUUUAGUAAUACUUCUGCACCAUUUUCAAGUAACUUAACCUUUGGUUCAACUGAUUCUACAUUAGCAGAAGACACAUCUAACAAGGAUGAUAACACUGGUGAUUUCCUGACGCAAAGCAAUGUAACAUUUUCUGCUUUAGCUCAGAAAGCCCCACAAACAGAAGCCUUUAAAAAAGAUCCGAACUUUUCUUUUGCUGGAACUGGUUUAUCUGUGUUUGGUUCCAAAGUAACUUCUUCGGUUCCUAGUAAAUCGAUAACAAUAGAAGAAAUAAAACAAGAUCAACGAGACAGGGAUAAAAAAGAUGAUAACGACGAAGAUGAGUGUAGUGAAAAUGAAAAUGAUCAGGAACACGAUCCUCACUUUGAACCUAUUAUUCCAAUGCCAGAUGCUAUUGAAGUACGAACUGGUGAAGAAGAUGAAGAAAAAAUAUUUUGUAAUAGAGCCAAGUUAUAUAGAUACAAUAAUGCUACAAAAGAAUGGAAAGAAAGAGGAGUUGGAGAAAUGAAAAUUUUGCAUCAUGCCAAAUAUGGAUCAUAUCGAUUAUUAUUACGUAGAGAACAAGUUCACAAAGUUGUAUGUAAUUUUCUAAUCAACCCAGAUACAGAGUUUCGUUCACUUUCUACAUCGGAUCGAGCAUGGAUAUGGGCAGGUAUGAAUCAUGCGGAAGAAACUCCAUGUGUCGAAGAACUCGCAGUUAAAUUUAAAACUUCGAACUUGGCUGCGGAAUUUAAGAAAAUUGUCGACGAAGUACAACAAACGCUACGUGAAAGACAAAGUGAACAAGAUAUCAAGUAUAACAGUGGAAUUGUGCAAGAAAAUCAAGAAUGUGUUGAUGAGAUCGAUGAUGAAAUCGAUGAUCAAGAGGAUGUUGAUGAUGAAGAUGAUGAUGAUGAUGAUGAAGAUGAAGGUUCAUUAAUUUUUGAGAAAAGAGCAACAUUAUAUACAAAAUCAAAUGAUGGAACAAAAUGGAUACAGAUAGCUUUAGGAACAUUGGCAAUAUAUUAUGAUAUGAAUAUUUUUGGUGAAAAAAUAAUAUUAAAAGCUGAUGGAUCCGGAGAAAUGUUGAGUAAUACGAUUAUUAGUAUGAGCACCGAAAUGCAGCUUGAAGGGAAAAAAUGUAUUUGGACUGCCAUUGAUCGUGCUUUAGAGCCUCCUACAAGCCGUACCUUGAAAGCAGUUUUUUCCUCUUCACAAGCGGCGGAACAAAUGCAUAAAAUUUAUAUGUGUGCAUUGAAGUGUACUAAACAAGCUGGUAUUAUUGAGAAUAUACUAACAAACAAAUAGAGG